ACUUUUAAUUUUGAGACAAGAGUCUCACUAAGUUGCCCAGGGUGGCCUUGAACUUGUGAUCCUCCUGCCUCAGCCUCCUGAGAAGCUGGCAUUACAAGCAUGUACCAUUGUGCUCAGAUAAAGUAUAGGUUUUAACAAGAUUAAGAUACAUGUAUUGCUCUGUAACUUGCUUUUCAAUAUGACAGCGAUCUUUCUGUAUCAGUUCAUAGAGACCUUUGUUCUCUGAGUUGAAUGAUACAGAUAGUCCAUAGUUAAACCAUUUCUUUAUUGGACUUUUAAAUUGUGCUAGUUUUGUAUGGUUACCAAGAGUGAAUGUCCUAGUAUAUGCAGUAUAUUUUUAAGUGUUUGCUGAAUGAAUAUUUCAAGUAUCCAGUAGAAAUAUUAACUGUGAUAGAUUUAAAUUGCUCUUUGAGUAUUUGUAUCCAAUUAUAGUCUUACCUAACAUAUACAAAUUUUCCUCUACUUUGAAAAAAGAUGAUAUUUAAAAUCUUGAAAUUUUUGCAUUUUGAUAGUUAGAAUAUAAUGCUUUAUUUGAAUUUAUCUCUGACUACUGAGGAUGAGUAUUUUUAAAUUUUACCAAUAAUUAUAUAUUACACAGCAUAUAUGUUUUAUAAUAUAUAAACAUUAAUAUACACAUAAUGUAAACAAGAAUAUAUGUAUAUAUGUAUAUAUCCCUUGAUGAAAUGUUUCUGUUUAAUCUAAAAAGUAGCUUUUCAGGGGAGGAAUAUUUAUCUGCCAUGGCCAAUGCACCAGGUCACUAGUUCUGAAGAGACCUGUUUAAUGACCUGAAGUACAAUGUAAUUGUUAGUAGAAAACUAGAGAGAGCAACAGAAUUUAUCUAACCAUAAAAUCGAACAUAACCCAUUGAUUAUGGGCUGAUGAUGAAGUUAUUAUCUACUAAGAAAGAAAGAUUUUUUUGGUACUAGAAAUAUGGGUUACAUAACCAAAAAUAGUGAUGUUUUAUUGGCAAAAAAUUACAGUAAAAACACAUACAAACAUCUCCUGAUGUCUUAAAUUUGACAUCUUUGAAUUACAGAGGAACCAUUUAUUUAGUUUAAUUUGGAGCUCAUAAUGCUCUUCUAGAUUGUAUUUUACUAUUAGGAAUUCUUUAAAAAAUUUUUAUCAGUGCAUGAUAAUUAGACAUAUUAGUGGGAUUUGUUGUUACAUGUUCACAUAUGUAUACAACAUAAUGUGGUUAGUUUCAUUCCCUGGAAGCAUUCUUUAUCUGUGAUGUCCAACAAAGUAGCCACUAUGUACAUGUAGCUCUUUAAGUUUCUAUUAAACAAAAUUAAAACUUCAGUUGCUGUCAUACACAAACUAGACUGCAAGAGUUCAAUUGCUGCAUGUAGCUGGUGACUACCUUAUUGGACAAAGCAGAAAGAGAAUAUUUCCAAUGUUGCAGAAGUUAAUUCUAUUGGCUAGUGCUGUUGUAGAAUGAGCAGAAAGGGAAAUGGAUUUUAGUUGCUAGCUGACUCAUCCAUGGCGCUGAACUGACCAGAAUCUGCUGUAUGCCUCAAAAGGAUGCUUUCAGAGAAGCUGAAGACAGCCAUGGUAUAACUUCUAAGCAUGAUUUGCUUCUCAGAUUUAUCAAAGCUUAAAAAGGUUUGCUUUAAGAAACAGUGCUCCCUUCAGAAUGGAAGAAUUUAUCUGCCUCCUGUUUGAUGGGGUUCAGAGCUAAGAUGGCUGAAUAAAUAAGCAUGGGGGACUGGAAUCUCCUUGGAGGCAUUCUGGAGGAAGUUCAUAUUCAUUCCACCAUGAUUGGAAAGAUCUGGCUCACCAUAUUAUUCAUAUUUCGAAUGCUUGUUCUGGGAGUAGCAGCUGAAGAUGUCUGGAAUGAUGAGCAGUCUGGCUUCAUCUGCAAUACACAACAACCAGGUUGCAGAAAUGUAUGCUAUGACCAGGCCUUUCCUAUUUCCCUCAUUAGAUAUUGGGUUCUGCAGGUGAUAUUUGUGUCUUCACCAUCUCUGGUCUACAUGGGCCAUGCUUUAUACCGACUGAGAGUUCUAGAGAAAGAGAGGGAGAGGAUGAAAGCUCAAUUAAGGAGAGAACUGGAUGGGAUAGAGUUUGAAAUGCCUGCGAAUCAGAGGAGAUUAGAGCAAGAGCUCUGUCAGCUGGAACAAAGGAAACUAAAUAAAGCUCCGCUCAGAGGAACCUUGCUUUGCACUUACGUGAUACACAUUUUCACUCGUUCUGUAGUUGAAGUUGGGUUCAUGAUUGGACAGUACCUUUUAUAUGGAUUUCACUUAGAGCCUCUAUUUAAAUGCCAUGGUCACCCAUGUCCAAAUAUAAUCGAUUGUUUUGUUUCAAGACCAACAGAAAAGACAAUAUUUCUAUUUUUUAUGCAAUCCAUAGCCACUGUUUCACUUUUCUUAAACAUUUUAGAAAUUUUCCACCUAGGUUUUAAAAAGAUUAAAAGAGGGCUCUUGGGACAAUAUAAAUCAAGGAAUGAACACAAUGAAUUCUGUGCAAAGUCAAAACAAAGUCUAGCCAAAUAUCAGAGCACAUCUGCAAAUUCACUGAAACGACUCCCUUCAGCACCUGAUUAUAAUCUGAUAGUGGAAAAACAAGCACACAGAGUAGCAUACCCAAGUUUAAAUUCAUCUUCUGUAUUUCAGGCAGAUCCUGACAAUCAUGACAUAAAUGAUGAGAAAAGCAUUUUGGAUGAACAGGAAACUAAUGAGAUGUACACACUUAGUACUACUUGCAGUCACCCUCAACACACCAGCUCAAAAAAUAACAAAGACACUCAUAAAAUAUUUAGAAAAGAAGUUAAUGGUAACCACUUGCGGGAAAAAAGAGAAGUUGAUGGCAAAGAGAGCAAAAAGAACCAUUAUUCUAGAGAUGACUGUUCUAUUCCAGGUAUUGCUAUAGAUACAGACAACCACAUGGGGCAGUCACCCCACACAACUUUCUCCCUGGCAGCAGACUCCUGCACCUGGAAACCUCGGUGGCUCAGUACUACCUGGGGUCCCUCUAAAGAAGAUGCAAACCAAGGGUCAUCUCCUAUAGGUAACCUCCAGGGCCAGUUCAGAGAGGGCACUAUCAGAAACCUUCCUCCUUCACAGAGAGACUUCCAACCACUUGACAUUCCAAAUACUUCAGAUUCUUUGGGAGAGUGGUCCUUUGAGUCAAAGUUUAUUAGAACCUGCAAUAAUUCUACAGAUUGUCCUCCAAAUCAUUUAAUGUCCUUGACGAACAACUUCAUUGGUAGGAGGGUCCCAACAGACCUUCAGAUCUGAACCGUUGUUGCUUUUAGAUAUUCUGCAUAUUAUGUCAUCAGAGUAGUAACAGUGGUGUUGGAACAUGGAGAAAAUAGAUAAGGAUAUUUCUAAAGACCAGCUGUUGAGAUAGACAACUGCAAACUCAUUUCAGAAAUGGAAAACAUCUCUAAUUCUGAACUGUGAAGGGGGAAGUUCUAAAUUCAAAGACGUAGGGUAGCCAAAUUAGGAUGUAUUUUUUAACCUCCCUUAACAAUAUGCGAAACUGACUUGGGGAAAAUCACAUGCUCUGAUUCGAUCCUAAAUGGUUUGGGAUCAGAUUUUUCUCACAGCCUUAGAAAAUUGUUCUUGAUCUAUGUAAUUACUCCUUUUAGUUACUAAUCCUUUAUUUUGGAUACUAGGUUAAUGUUGUUUGUCCUGGGACUUAAUAACUUAGUUUCUUUAUAAGCUGCAAACUGAUGUGUGUUGAA